AUGAAGAACGUUUUUCGGGCUGUGAGGCAGUUUAGAUCAGCGUUUCGGUAUCGAGGGCACAUCCAAUCUGAUGGCUUUACAAAAAGACGAGAGUUUUGGUUAAAUAAGACCCACGGCUCCGUAUACAACAUAUCCAACGUUACAGACUUUUGUCAUCAUAGACAUCUAUCACAGAUUAUUCACCGAGCUAUUUCAACCGAUGCAGCUAAAGUUGCCAAUGCAGAGCUCAACGGUGGAGGACCUCUUAUUGAAUAUGAACGAAGGAUAGCUGCUGGUGAACUUUUAGAUGGAGAUGCCUGCCAGCUAGGUACCUUGGGAGAGCUUCAAAGGUUAUAUGACGAGCUUGUUGAAAAUGCAGAAGCUUGCCGUUUGGAUCGGUAUGCUGCAAAUGAGAAAGCUGGGAGGAGUAGGUGGUUGUGGUCCCGUUUCAUACCACAAAGUUCAUAUGCACCUGUCAAAGGGCUUUAUCUAUAUGGUGGAGUAGGAACCGGAAAGACUAUGCUGAUGGACUUGUUUUUUGAUCAACUACCUUACAACUGGAGGAAGAAGAGAAUCCAUUUCCACGACUUUAUGUUAAAUGUACACAGUCGUUUACAAAAGCACAAAGGAGUAUCAGAUCCUUUAGAAGUUGUUGCUGGAGAACUUUCAGAUGAAGCUAUAUUGUUAUGCCUCGACGAGUUCAUGGUGACAGAUGUUGCAGACGCCUUAAUUCUUAACCGUUUAUUUAGACAUUUAUUCAGCAAUGGAGCAAUUCUUGUUGCUACUUCAAACCGAGCCCCAGAUAACCUUUAUGAAGGGGGACUCCAAAGGGAUCUAUUUCUUCCGUUUAUUGCCACUCUAAAGGAAAGAUGUGUGGUUCAUGAAAUCGGCUCAUCUGUGGACUACCGAAAAAUGACAUCGGCAGAACAAGGUUUCUACUUUGUUGGCAAGCACUUGUCCAGCCUUCUUAAGCAAAAAUUUCAACAAUUAAUCGGCGAACAAGUGGCUGUCCCACAAGAGGUGGAAGUAGUCAUGGGUAGAAAAUUGCAAGUUCCAUUGGGAGCUAAUGGAUGUGCUUAUUUCCAAUUUGAUGAACUAUGUGACAGGCCUCUUGGUGCUGCUGACUAUUUUGGGCUAUUUAAGAAAUUUCACACGCUGGCUUUGGAUGGUGUGCCGAUCUUUGGGCUCUCCAAUCGGACGGCAGCAUACCGGUUUGUCACGUUAGUUGAUGUUAUGUAUGAGAAUAGAGCCAGAUUGUUGUGCACGGCCGAGGGGACUCCAGUCGAACUUUUUGACCGGAUUGUGACAAUAGCUGAUGCUGAGCACAUGGCACCUAGAACUUCUUCACGCUCGAGGAAGUCUGAUGAUUCUGACAUUUGUGUGGACAAUGAAUUAGGUUUUGCAAAAGAUCGCACCAUUAGCAGGUUAACUGAAAUGAACAGUAAAGAAUACUUGGAGCAACAUGCCGAAGCUAUGGCAGAGAAGGAUAACGAGAAAGCCUUACAUUCUUGA